AUGGCUCGAGGUAUAGAAGGCAACGAAAUCUCCACGCCGCGUGUUCCCAAACUUCAGAAAUCAGCAUCAUCGGCAUCUCAGUCAGCAAAGGGACAGAAGAGUAUCUUGGGAUUUUUCCAGCGAAAGACAGCACCUGCCUCAUCACCUGCUGCACCCAGUAGUGCCCCAGCUGCUUCAAGUCCUCCACCGCAGUCGUCUCCUGCUCCUGCCAACUUCAAUGGUAAAGAGAAUGGUGUGCUAUGUCACAACUCCACCACAUACUCAAGUGCUGACCUAGUGCCACUAGACAAGCCAUCCAUUCCCUCUUCCAGUCCUGUCCGCAAUGGCAAGAAGAAGGUCAACUAUGCCGAGUCGGACGAUGAAGACGACGAGCCCGUGCUCCGACAGCGUUCCAACAACACGGCAGCACGAUCCAUCAAGAGAAGGAAGUUGGAUGACGACUCGGAUGAUGAGUUUGCCAUGGAUGAUGCCACUGAGGCUCUCAUGGCUGCAGCCGACGAUGUUGAUAUGGAUGAUUUUGUUGUCGACGAUGCUGCCUCAGAAGACGAUGUUCCGGUGAAGCGUAAGAAGUCUAGCCAGCUACGGAAGCCUUCCACACAGCCUUCUCCAAUCCCAGAAGACGAGCCAAGCCAAAGUCCCGAGAUGCCCUCUACGUCAACCGCUCAGCAAUGGAACUUCGAUCCGGACACUGUCGAGCCAUAUGCAUCAAGGAAGAUGCCCCAACGUAAGCAACAGACGGGCCCACCAAAGAAACAAAAGGCACACAUGUCAGACCCUGAUGCUCGUUACCCUUGGUUGGCCGACAUCAUGGAUGCCGACCGCAACAGACCUGGCAAUCCAGACUACGAUCCGCGCACUCUCUACAUCCCGCCACUGGCCUGGUCCAAGUUUUCUCCAUUCGAGAAGCAGUACUGGGAGAUCAAGUCGAAGUUCUGGGACACUAUCGUCUUCUUCAAGAAGGGCAAGUUUUAUGAGCUGUACGAGAACGACGCCACCGUCGGUCAUCAGCUGUUUGAUCUGAAGAUGACGGAUCGUGUCAACAUGCGGAUGGUCGGUGUUCCCGAGGCUUCGCUUGACAACUGGGCCAACCAGUUCGUAGCCAAAGGCUUCAAGAUUGCCAGAGUCGACCAGAUGGAGAGCGCCCUGGGUAAGGAUAUGCGAGAGAGAGACGAAAAGACUGGCAAGGGUGGCAAGCCAAAGAAGGAAGAAAAGGUCAUUCGCCGCGAACUGGCCGCUGUCCUGACCUCUGGUACUCUGGUCGACGGUGGCAUGUUGCAGGACGACAUGUCAACUUACUGUGCAGCUAUUACCGAGCGCGAGGUCGAUGGCUUGCCCGCCUUUGGCAUUGCUUUCGUUGACACCGCAACAGCACAAUUCCAGCUAUGUGAUUUUGUUGACGACGUCGACAUGACCAAGUUCGAAACAUUCGUCGCUCAGACCAGACCCGGUGAGUUGCUUCUUGAGAAGUCGAGCAUUUCAUCGAAAGCCGUACGUAUUCUCAAGAACAACACCAGCCCCACGUGUCUCUGGAACUACCUCAAACCCGACAAGGAAUUUUUGACUGCCGACAAGACUGCCCUCAAAAUUACAGGAGAGCAUUACUUCGAGUCUGACAAAGGUGAUUCUGAAGAUGCCUGGCCACCCUUGCUUCGAGAAGCCAGAGAAAAAGAGUUGUGCUUCUCUGCCCUUGGUGCCCUGAUAUGGUACCUCCAGACGCUCAAAAUUGAGCGUGAUUUAAUAUCUCUUGGCAACUUCAACUGGUAUGACCCGAUAAGAAAGGCGUCCAGUCUUGUGCUUGAUGGACAGAGUCUGAUCAAUCUUGAGAUCUUUGCCAAUAGCUACGAUGGCGGUACUGACGGCACGCUGUUCGCCAUGCUCAACCGCUGCAUCACGCCCUUCGGUAAGCGUAUGCUACGCCAAUGGGUCUGCCAUCCUUUGGCAAACGCGGUCAAGAUCAAUGCACGACUUGACGCUGUCGAAGCACUCAACGCCGAUCUGACAAUUACCGAUCGCUUUACCGCAUCGUUGUCCAAAAUACCCGAUCUGGAACGUCUCAUUUCCCGCAUUCACGCAGGCAGAUGUAAGGCCUCAGACUUUGUCAAGGUGCUAGAAGGGUUUGAGCAGAUCGAAUAUACCAUGAGCCUGCUCUCGAGCUUUGGUGAAGGUGAGGGCGUCCUCGGACAACUCAUAUCAUCAAUGCCUGAUCUUGCCGGAGCGUUGGCUCACUGGACGGAUGCCUUUGACCGUAAUCAGGCAAAGGAGCAGAAUCUUCUCGUGCCUCAGCCAGGAGUUGAAGAAGACUUUGAUGACAGCCAGAACACAAUUGAAGAGAUCGAGGGAAGAUUGCAAACUUUGCUCAAGCGCUGCCGCGAUCAACUAGGAACUUCUGCUGCCAAAUUCACCGACAAUGGCAAGGAGAUUUACCAGAUUGAAGUUCCCCUCAAAACCAAGAAUAUCCCAACGAACUGGAAACAAAUGUCGGCGACUGCCAAAGCCAAGCGCUACUACUUCCCUGAGCUGGAAAGCCUGAUUCAAGACCUCAAGGAAGCACAAGAGACUCAUGGUCAGAUUGUCAAGCAAGUCGCUGGUAGAUUCUAUGCUCGCUUCGACCAAGACUACUCUGUCUGGCUUGCUGCAGUGAAGAUCAUUGCUCACCUCGAUUGCCUAAUCUCGUUGUCCAGGGCAUCUGCCUCUCUCGGAGAGCCUAGCUGCAGACCCGAGUUCGUCGACUCUGAGCGUAGUGUUCUCGAGUUCUCUGAGCUUCGUCACCCGUGCAUGCUAAACACGGUUUCGGACUUUAUUCCCAACGACAUUGCUCUCGGUGGUGAUAACCCAAGCAUUGAUCUUUUGACUGGUGCCAACGCAGCUGGUAAGAGUACCGUCCUUCGUAUGGCUUGUAUCGCUGUCAUCCUGGCUCAAGUCGGCUGCUUCGUGCCUUGUGUUGCAGCACGCAUGACUCCUGUCGAUCGCAUCAUGUCACGUCUCGGUGCCCAUGACAACAUUCUGGCUGGCCAGAGUACGUUCAUGGUAGAACUCAGCGAGACAAAGAAGAUAUUGUCUGAAGCAACUCCUCGCUCUCUUGUCAUCCUGGACGAACUUGGUCGUGGUACAAGCAGUCACGACGGUGUUGCAGUCGCACAAGCAGUGCUACAUCAUGUCGCCACUCACACUGGUUGCAUCGGCUUCUUCGCCACCCACUACCACUCUCUGGCUGCAGAAUUCAGCUCGCACCCAGAAAUCUCACCCAAACGCAUGGCCAUCAUGGUAGACGAUACCGAGCGUCGCAUCACAUUCCUCUACAAGCUCGAGUCUGGAGUCGCAGAAGGCAGUUUUGGUAUGCACUGUGCUGCCAUGUGCGGAAUACCUGAUAAAGUCAUCCAGAGAGCAGAAGACGCGGCUAAAGAGUGGGAAUACACGGGACGUCUUCAGGUAAGGGCUGAAGAACGCAAAGAUGGGGAUCUACCGUUGGGUAUGCUUAGCGAUAUUGCGUGGAUGUUGAAGACUGCUGAUGACGAGAUUCCCGAUGGCGAACAAGGAAUUGGUGAAAGAGGAUUGGAGGUGUUGAGGAGGACUAUUGCGGCAUUGUAGAUGUGUGUGCUGGAGGGGUGUUGCUGUGGAUACUUUUGCUGGGUGUACGGAGUACGGUAUGGCUUUCCAGACAAGGUCUUUGCUAGGUAGACUGCGUAAUGAUGAAUCGAUGAAGCGGCUGCUUACUCUAUAUACAG